AUGGCCACCAGCCUGCCCAAGGUCCCUAUAUACUCCCUCAAUGGUAUGGUUGGUCUAACGCUCCUGACUAUCGCUAGAAUCAGGAGCACUCCUCAGGAUAUUUGGCUUAUUUUAAUUGUCCUAGAAUUGAAGAGCACCACCGAUGAUGCUAUUGCGCCGUAUCUCACCUCGCUGCCGAAUCCAUACACCUUUGUUGAAAAUAAUUCGAAGUCCAACAUAAGACUACUAUUAGGCUAUGGUGCCGUGAGCAUCGCAGCUGUUUCUUUUUAUAUCGACUAUACCAAAGGCUGGGAGGCUACAAAACCAUGGAUCCUCCCGGCAGUAAUUGCGUACUUUGUGCUGAACCUUGCGCUGACUCUCUGGAUCUGGGGAGUGGAAGGUGGUCAGAUUUUUGAGGGAUCGGGGGAUGAAAUUGAAAGACUUCGCAUUUGCUCUUCGACCAAAAAGCAUGCUCCCUUAUAUCAUCUUCAUAUUCAUCAUACCUCAUCUUUAGGCAAUAUGCCGCAAGAGAAAACAGCUGUGGCGCCAUUCACACAAUGGUUUUCUGGAGAUGGUACAUUUCAUUGUGAAGCAUUCAGGCAGUGGCUUGCAGCUGAGAUUGGCAUCCCAUGGUCAGCUCCUAGAAGCAAAUUGAAUAUGUAA